AUGCGAUUCCAAUUGAGUACGGCGGUGACGGCGGCGCUGGGUCUUGCGGCGUCGGCGGAUGCGCUGAAGAUUCUCAUGGGAAACGAUGAUGGAUUCGGGAGCGGCAAUCUGAGAGAGUUGUACAAGAUGCUGGUUGAUGCGGGUCAUGAAGUGCUCAUCGUUGCACCCGCUCAACAACAGUCCGGAAAAGGCACGACGGUCGUCUGGGCAGAAACCGCCAAUCUUACCAUGCCCUCACAGUACAACAUUAUCCCAGCAGGCGCCCCAUCAGUCGGUCGUGAUCCCAAAGACGACAACAUCUGGUACUACGAUGGCACACCCGCAGCAUGCACCUUCGUAGCCCUCGACUACGUCCUUCCCCGCUACUACCCAGACUGGAAGCAAACCGCAGACCUCUUCGUCGCGGGCCCCAACUACGGCACUAACCUCGGGCCCUUCGUCAUGGCCCUCAGCGGCACCGUCGGCUCAACCUUUGCCGCCAUCUCGCGCUCCAUCCCCGGCAUCGCCACAAGCGCAAGCAACAGAGCAGUCCCCUACUUCAAUGUAACAGGCCCUUCUCACCCAGCCGUUCUCGCCGCCAAGGCAUCCUUCGGCAUCGUCAACGAAUUCAUCAAGAACACGCCUGCAGGCCAAAAAGUGCUCCCACUAGGCUACGGCGUCAACGUCAACAUCCCCGAACUCACCAAUGCCACGAGCUCACCCCCCGUUUUCAAAACCAGACUUACAGGAAACGCGGAAACGGAUGUCGCUGUUUACAACGAAACCACCGGUCUCUUCACCUGGGACAACGUCAACCCGCUUGCCGCAGGCAUCAACGCCCAGUACAACGGCGACGCCAGCCUUCCCGACGAGACGUGGGUUGUUGCCGGUGGCGGCAUCAGCGUCAGCGCCUUUACUAUGGAUUGGUCGGCCCCGGUGUCUGGGUACACGGAUGCAGUUUACGCAAAGGCGAGCGCGCUGUUUAGCAGUGGAAGUGGCAAUGCAACGGCGUACAGUAAGAGGAUGGUUGAGGAGAGGAUAAGGAAACGGGGUGCUAUGUUGACUGGACGGGAUGGAGGUGCUUAG